AUGUCCUCCCGCGGCCCCCGGCCCACGCCCCGCCGCUGCCGCCGCCGCCCACCACGCCCGUCCUGCUGCUGCUGCUGCUGCCGCCGCUCGCACCUCGACGAAGACACUGGCCGCUUCGUGCUGCUGGCGGCGCUCAUCGGCCUCUACCUGGUGGCGGGCGCCGGCGUGUUCUCCGCGCUGGAGAGCCCCGGCGAGGCGGCGGCGCGGGCGCGCUGGGGCGCCACGCUGCGCAACUUCAGCGCCGCGCACGGGGUGGCCGAGCCCGAGCUGCGCGCCCUGCUCCGCCACUACGAGGCCGCCCUGGCCGCCGGGGUCCGCGCCGACGCCCUGCGGCCACGCUGGGACUUCCCAGGCGCCUUCUACUUCGUGGGCACCGUGGUGUCGACCAUAGGCUUCGGCAUGACCACCCCGGCCACGGUGGGCGGCAAGGCCUUCCUCAUCGCCUACGGGCUGUUCGGCUGCGCGGGGACCAUCCUGUUCUUCAACCUGUUCCUGGAGCGCAUCAUCUCGCUGCUCGCCUUCCUCAUGCGCGCCUGCCGCGAGCGCCAGCUGCGCCGCAGCGGCCUGCUGGCCGCCCCCUGCCGGCCGGGCGCCGACGGGCUGGCGGGCUGGAAGCCGUCCGUCUACCACGUGCUGCUCAUCCUCGGGCUGUUCGCCGUGCUGCUGUCGUGCUGCGCGUCCGCCAUGUACACCAGCGUGGAGGGCUGGGACUACGUGGACUCGCUCUACUUCUGCUUCGUCACCUUCAGCACCAUCGGCUUCGGGGACCUGGUGAGCAGCCAGCACGCCGCCUACCGGAACCAGGGGCUGUACCGCCUGGGCAACUUCCUGUUCAUCCUGCUCGGCGUGUGCUGCAUCUACUCACUCUUCAACGUCAUCUCCAUCCUCAUCAAGCAGGUGCUCAACUGGAUGCUGCGCAAGCUGAGCUGCCGCUGCUGCGCGCGCUGCUGCCCGGGCCCCGGCGCGCCCCUGGCCCGGCGCAACGCCAUCACGCCCGGCUCCCGCCUGCGCCGCCGCCUGGCCGCGCUCGGCGCGCUCCCCGCGGUCCGCGACGCCGACGCGGACGGCCGCCGCCUGUCGGGCGAGCUCAUCUCCAUGCGCGACCUCACCGCCUCCAACAAGGUGUCGCUGGCGCUGCUGCAGAAGCAGCUGUCGGAGACGGCCAACGGCUACCCGCGCGGCGCCUGCGCCAACGCGCGCCAGAACGGCUUCUCGGGGGGCGUGGGCGCGCUGGGCAUCAUGAACAACCGGCUGGCGGAGACCAGCGCCUCCUGCAGGUAGACCGCCGGGACUGCACGGCCGGGCGUGCUUGCCGCCUGCCUCUUCUCUCAGACGCUGGCGCUUUCUUAAUCUUUAUCCAAUAAAAUGAAACAAAAAAAAAAAAAAGCAAAAAAUAUUUU